UGCAAUUCCUUUAAAGAAGCAUGUGCACGGGAGGCUGUGCUAAGUGUCUGGGAAGUACUCUAAUCCCCCUGGCCGUGCUCUGCACCCUUGCUAAUAUUUUGUUGUUUUUCCCUGGAGGAAAAGUAGCUGAAGACAGUGCACACAUUACAAAUGAAGUUUGGUACUUUGGAGGGAUCUUGGGAUCGGGUGUAUUGAUGAUCUUCCCUGCCUUGGUGUUUUUGGGCCUUCAGAAUAAUGACUGCUGUGGAUGCUGUGGUAAUCGGAGCUGUGGAAAGAGGUUUGCGAUGUUUUCUUCUAUAUUAUUUGCUGCUGUUGGAGUUCUGGGAGCUGGAUACUGUUUUAUUUUGUCAGCAGUAGCCAUAAACAAAGGCCCUAAAUGUAACACUGCAGAAAACUGGACCUACCCUUUCCAGGAUGGGGAUUACCUGGCCGACCAUGCACUGUGGGAGCUGUGUAACUCACCUGACAAUAUUGUCCCAUGGCACCUGACCCUCUUCUCCUUGCUGCUGGUCAUGAGCGGUAUCCAGGGAGUGCUCUGUGGCAUUCAGAUGGUGAACGGCCUGUUUGGAACGCUCUGUGGGGACUGCAAGUGCUGUGGAUGUUGUGGGGGAGAUGGAACUGUCUAACAAAUAGGAAUACUGCAGACAACUCUCCUCACCCUGGGAGGAUCCCUUCUGCAGAUGCUCCACAAAGCAGCCCAGAGAUGCACUGGCUCCGGCCAAGAAGAUGAGAAUGAAGGGCUCUUCCUCCCA